AUGUCGACUCGAAACAUUUUGACCAAGGAAACCCGGUCCGUUUCUUUCAAGGACAUCAAAAUCCUGUACGAUAGCUACGGCACUGGAGACCACGCUCUCGUCUUCAUCCAUGGCUGGACAUGCAACCGUGCGUUAUGGGCCACCCAAGAACCACUCUACACAAAGUACCGAUCCAUCCUAAUCGACCUUCCUGGCCACGGAGAGAGUGAAGCUCCUUGGGGUGUCGACUAUAACCACGAGUUCUUCGCUAGGGCAGCAAACGUGGUCCUGCAGCAAGAAAAGAUCGAGCAUUCCGUAUUGAUAGGCCAUAGCCUUGGUGGACCUUUAGCAACAAUGAUGCUUCGUCUCUUCCCUGAAAAGGUUUCAGGAAUAUUCUACAUCGACUCCUUCUGGGAUAUUCCACAAACCUAUCUGACCAUCGAGGAGCGUAGGAAACUGGGAGAAAAUCUCCACGAUGAUGCUUUUUUCCUGAAGACUAUUGACCCGCUUUUUGUUGACAAGAAUGACCCGGAUGGUUCUAUCAGGAAGGCCGUGACUGAUGUGAUGGCGGGGACGUCAACUCACGUCCGUGUUUCGGCUGUAGCCACCGACUCCGUGCCUCACCAAUGGCGAUACGACAAUGUGACAACUAUUCCUGCAUUCCAUGUCGUCACGCCCAAUUUUUCCAACAUUGACAAAAACUGGGUUCACCAUAUACCACAGCUUCGGGUUGAGGUCUGGGAAGGACACGGCCAUUUUAUGCACAUGGAGGCGCCAGAGCGAUUCAAUAAUACCGUGGAUCGAUUUUUGGUGGAUAAUAGCCUUUUGCAAGUUGCAUGA